AUGUCAACAUCACGAGACUUCGCUGUCCCAGGGGAGGGCGAUAAUGCAAUGCAGCCUCAGGACGGUAUAGAGCAGAGCAGUCGCCAGAGCCAUUCUUCCAACACCAACGUAUCUGACGAGAAGGAUCAGCAUGUCCGCUACAACCUCACCCUCAACACGCAGAACCUCUCCCCGCCCAAGGCUGAGCCUACGCGGCCAGUGCGUUCUGACACAGAGUUCCAUCGCGAAAUGGCAUUUUCGCCCUCGAUAUUGCGACGCCGGAUGACUCGCGCCCCAACGUUCAAGACGGUGGAGGAUUAUGAUGAGUUUGACACGGCCUUUGGCGAUCGCCCUGGUUGGCAGCCUGGCUCCGAGCCUGGCUAUGAUCCAAAACUUCCCGAUGGAGGUCAUGCUUCAAUGCCCGCACUUCAAGCACCCUGUGAGAUUUCUGUAAUCGACUUUUCGCAAGAAAAAAUGGUUAAACGCCACUUCGAUAAUGUGAAUUUCAUCGACUUCCUUGAACAGCCAAAAGAAGAAUGGGCCAAAUGCCGAUGGAUCAACGUCAAUGGACUCAGUUGGGAUGUUAUUCAAGCAAUUGGCAACAAGAAGGGUCUUCACAAGCUUGCUCUGGAGGAUAUGAUGCAGAUUAGGAACCGGACAAAGGCUGAUUGGUAUCCCAAUCACGCUUUCAUCGUCAUGACCUUGCAGAAGCUCGUCCACCUGGUAGACGAUGAAGAUGACACAACCAGCACGAGCAGCACAUACUCUAGCAAGACGCUCGGCGCUUUGAGAGGCUCAGUGAGGCAGCUUUGGAAUACUCGCAGAGCGGCCGACCCCGAGAAGGACUUUGAGACCUCAUUACGGCCACAGGACCCUAUUACAGCAGACCUGCAAGAGACAGGCAUGAUAAGGACAUUGCAGCGUUAUCACGCUUCGGGAAAUGAAGCACGCACACAAUUUAUGGAGAGUCAUUCAUCCCUGACGCCACAUCAAAUGGCAGUGUCGGCAGAGCAGGUCUCUAUAUUUCUAACAUCAGAUAACACGGUCAUCUCUUUCUUCGAGGUCUCGGCGGGAGAUAUCGAGCGACCCAUUGUGACCCGUCUGAGUACCCCGGGCACUAUUCUUCGCGAGUCCAACGACGCUUCCUUGUUAUGUCAGGGCAUUAUCGACGCCAUCAUCGACCUCGCCAUGCCUUUGACGUCUAUUUACACAGACAUUAUUGCCGACAUUGAGUUGGAUGUACUCACCUCGCCGAGUAUCAGUCAAAGCAAAAAGCUGUAUAUAUGCAUCAGUGAGAUCAACAAGAUGCUGAGCUUCCUCAACCCUAUUGACAACUUGGUUAAUGUCCUGCGGGAUCACAAGACGCAUAUGACCCACGACCAAGCCAUGCAGGCACUGGAGAACCCUUCAACUGGUGUUAUUGUCACUCCAAUGACUCAUACAUACCUAGGCGAUGUGCUCGAUCACUGCAUUAUGAUAACCGAAGCUCUACAGCAGCUCAAACAAUCAUCCGACAACCUCAUCAACCUUAUCUUCAACACCAUAUCAGCCUACCAGAACGAAUCGAUGAAGCAGCUUACCACUGUGACCAUCAUCUUCCUUCCUUUGACGUUCAUAACCGGAUUUUUCGGGCAGAACUUUGCGGAGCAGGGCUUCCCCGAAAUCCACCACGGUAUUUGGUAUUUCUGGGCCUGCGCCGUUCCGACUGUUGUAGCAACCAUCCUGAUUCUCAUGAGAGACAUGAUUUAUAACUGGCUGGUACGAGCCGUACAAAGAAGACAUAUCCUUACAAUUAGGAAAAAGAAGAAGAGGUCCAAGCAGCAAAAGAUCAAGCUUAAGGUGUGA